UAGGUGGCGGUAUACAUAUCCAACUUGCAACAGUAGAAUUAAAAAUGGCUCAAACUGUCAGACCGGGAGUUAAUCUCAAGUUAUGUCUGCUUGUCCAUAUUACAGUUUUUGCCUGGUAUGUGUUCAUUCUUUAUUCUAACUGUUCGUUAGACAUUUCAGGCAGACAUCCUGGAGCUCGGACAUACGGAGGUCGCUGGAAGUACUUGACCUUUAUCAAUCUGGUAAUGCAGACGGGCUUCUUUGCGGUUUGCGUUAUAACUGAUGUGGCGCACUUGGUGGUCCCGAGCAGAAGCACGCGGGGGACUGUGCUGUUCCUUGUAAGCGCGAGAGAUGGGCUCUUCACCGUUCUGGCUGCUCCAGUCGGCACCUUUGUGUGCGCUUCCUUCUGGUCUCUGUACGCCUACGACCGAGAGUUGGUGUAUCCCAAGCUCAUAGACCACAUUAUUCCCGUGUGGCUAAAUCACGCCUUGCACACCGCGGUCAUGCCUUUGCUCUUGCUGCAGAUGUAUCUGCAGCACCACAGACACCCAAGUCGUCCCAAAGCCAUUCUGAGCUUGGCUCUGUUUGCUUCCCUGUAUUUGGCAUGGGUCUUAUGGGUUCGCCACAUUUCGGGGAUCUGGGUGUACCCCAUCAUGGCCCGCCUCAGUCCGCUCGGCUUGGUUCUGUUUCUGGCCAUCGCCUCUGUCAGCAUGGUCCCCAUUUACCUGCUAGGGGAGAAGCUCAGUCAUGCAGUCUGGAGCACAGCAGGGGAUCAGAAGUUAAAGAAAUAAGGGACUGCAGGAAUCCAGAUUGACUAUCUACAUUUUAAAACCAUCUGGACUAGAUCACUUCCUUGAGCUCAGAAUAAUGGUCCAAUCACAGUUCACUCUGGAAUGGACUCUGUGUCUUUCUGGCAGAAUUCACCAUGACUCCUGCAAUCUGAAUUAAUAAUAAAGGUGAUUUGACUGCACAGAUUAAUCAUUUUCACAAAAAGGUAUGAUUGUUGAUGGCAAAAGUAGCAAUUAAUAAUACAUAAUGUAUGUAAUAUACUAGUUUGUUGUUGUUUAGAAAAUUUGUUUGACACAUGCAUUCCUAUUUAUUCAUAUUCAGAUGUACUAGAAUCAUAAGGAGUCCCUUGGUGGAUUGUGAGAUAUAAAAAUAUAAUUUUAUUAAAAAAUGAAUGGUUAAUACCGAAAA